CAGAGAAAGGAACAUUUCCCGCUCAUGUUGUUUUACUCAGAAAAGAAAUGGACUAAGGGUGUAUCCAUAACGUUUUGUUACAGUUGCACACAGUAAAGAAAAGCUGUUUUGGAUUGAAUGCAUGCUUCUUCACAAUGCGUGUGCUCGUGCAUGGAGUUGCAUUUCUCUUCUGUCUGUUGUCUUCAGCAGCUCUUAAACACGGUGCGUUGGUGAGGAACUCUCGAUCUGUUCUUGAACCCGUGCACUGCCAGUGGGGAACUUAUGGAAGCUGGUCAGCCUGUGAUGGCUGCUCCAAGACACAAACGCAGAUUCGAUCCAUUGCAGUCUAUCCUCAGUUUGGUGGUAACCCCUGUGCUGGAAGCCCGGUCCGCACACAGCCGUGUUCCUCGGCUCAGGUCUGCCCCCUAGAAGAGGGCUGUGGAGGAAGAUUUCGUUGUCAAUCUGGAAAAUGCAUCAGCCAGUCGCUAGUAUGUAAUGGAGAUCAGGACUGUGAAGAAGAUGGUUUGGAUGAGCAACAGAAAUGUAACAGUAUAAACGUUUGUGACCUGGAGCAGCCUCCACCGAAUGUAGAGCUAACUGGUCAAGGGUUUGAUGCAGUGAGCAGACAGCCGAGAGGAACCGUUAUCAACACUAAAAGCUUUGGUGGUUUGUGUAGAAAGACCUUCAGCGGAGACCACUCGGAAAUGUUCAGAAUUCCUCAAAAUGUGGUCAGAUACACCUUCCAGGUAACAGCAAAAAGUGACUUUUCAGAGGAAUCUUUUCAAAGCUCUUGGCACUACCUUCAUCACAUUGAACGACAUAGUAAAACAACAGGAACAGAUUAUGGGCACGAAGAUUACACCUUCCAUGAGGAACUGCGACAAACAAAGUCUGAACAACUGAUCAUCAUUAAGAGUGAUCUGGAGGUUGGCCAGUUCCAGAAUCAAGCUCCAGAAUACCUUUCACUUUCAGAGGAAUUCUGGAAGGCUUUGCUUUCUCUGCCGGUCGCGUACAAUUACGCCGCCUACCGUAAUGUGCUGGAGAGAUUUGGGACACAUUACAUUUCAGAGGGCACGCUUGGAGCGCAUAUGACAGUAUUUCUGGCAAUGAAUGAAGAAAUUACCAAAAGACUGAAAUCGGAGAAGAGAGACUAUGAACAUUGCGUUGUAACAACGCAUUCAAUAUUGUUUUUCAUCUCGUGGUCUACUACAAGAUGUCAGACAGACAAAUAUGAAAAAAAUGAUCAUUUUUACAGAAAGAUACAAGGAAGUGUGAAAAAAACAGAUAUCAUUGGUGGUCAUCCUGGACAAAUCGCAAAACUGUUAAUGUUAAAUACAAACACACCAGAGGAGAAUGGGAAUGCUUUCUCUCAGUGGUCUGGAUCGGUGAAGCAACAUCCAGUGGUCAUCAAACAGAAGCUUAGGCCUCUGAAUGAGCUGGUGAAAGAGGUGCCAUGCGCAGGAGUGAAAAAGUAUUACUUAAAGCGUGCCAUUGAGACAUAUCUCAAUGAGAAAAACCCGUGUCAAUGCAGAGAAUGCCAGAACAACGGGCUUCGGUUGAUUCUGGAUAACGUCUGUCAGUGUGUGUGCAAACCGGGCACUGAAGGGAAAGCAUGCGAGCUUGGGACACCACUAGGUGAACAGCCAGGAGUGAUCAAUGGAGACUGGGCUUGUUGGUCAUCAUGGAGCUCCUGCAGGGAAGGUCAGAAAAGCCGGACACGCUCAUGCAGUCGACCCGCCCCUCGAGGGGGUAAGGACUGUAUCGGCAAAGCUCAAGAGACCACGGCUUGUGAGGAUGAGCAGUACCUGGAUUACUUACGCACAAUGGAGCCUCACUGCUUUGAUGAAUCAUUGACACCCAAGGAAAGUUGUAAAACGCCCCCCGCCCUUGCCAAUGGGUUUGUGCUGUACCCCAAAGAUGAAUAUCUAGUGGGCAGUAAGAUCGAAUACACUUGCAUUGCGGGUUAUCACUUAAUUGGGUCCGCCAUUGCAGAAUGUCAAGAAAAUCUAAAAUGGCUGCAACUUUCAAAAGAGUGCAAGAGAACAUUAUGUGAUCCACCUAAGCUUCCUCAAGAUGUCACAGGAAGACCAUGGAAGGUAGACUAUAACAUCGGUGAGGCCAUCACACUCUCAUGCCCAGAUGGGAAGGAAAUGGAAGGUCCACCUGAGAUUCAGUGCAACGCUGGCCUUGCCUGGUCGCCUCAACCCAAAAACACCAGGUGCCUCACAGUGUCCGUGAAGCCGACCCCUGAAACGACGAAAUGCAAGCCAUGGGAGAACUUAUCCAAGGACAAAUGUGUUUGCAAAAUACCUCAUGAGUGCAAGUCUUCUUUGGAUGUAUGUGCCACAAAUGUCAAGCGUGGUCAGACACAGAGAUUGAGCGUGUGUAAGGUAAAGGCUAUGGGCUGUCUGGGACACCAGUUCACUCUUGCCAACGACAGCGCCUGCCAGUGGCCAGAUCGCUCCUCCACCGACUGCCCACACUGCAUCCCUUGGGAAAAUUGUGAUGAGCAAACCAACACCUGUCGCUGUAAGACGAAAGAUGAAUGCUCAACCCUAGGUCCCUGGAUCCACGUGUGUGUGCAGCUGGAGGGAGAAUCUGCACCCGAGACUAUGACAGAAUGUGAGGCGGGAGUGAGAAAGUGUAGAGGAGAGAUGGUCCGCGUUGUCAGUGUUCAACCCUGUCAGUCAUGAGUCUCAAUCAUAUUCUUUUACUUGUAGUAUUCUAUCACAUAUAAGCACAAUUUGUUUAUGGCAAAUACCUCUGAGAUUGUUUGCUUUUUGAAAAGUUUAAUGAAUAGUCGAACGCAAAAUGGAAAUUAUGCCAGGCAGCAUUUACCUUGAGCACAAAACCUAAACCCACAUGACUUUCUUCUGUGAAAUACAAAAGAGUUGUGAAGUAUAUACUUCUGUGUCCUAAUAAAAAGAAAACAAAUUUUAAAUUACAAAA